AUGACGAGCUGGAUCAAUCGGCUAUCGAAGGCCGAGGUAACGGCCGAGUUAGAGAAACUAGGGAUUGACCCUAGCGGCACACUCGACGCCCUCCGAGCCAGACCCCGUGAUUUUGUGAUCGCUAACCCGGAGUACGAAUACCCCGCAGGGGAAGACGACCGAAAAAUUACGAUGGACGACGAGCGCCGGAGCAUAGACUCCACUACGCCCGACCCGGCCAAGGUCAUGGAUCAAAUCCGGAAGUGGGGAUGUCAUUUCGACGGAAAAGACCCACUCGCGUUCCUAGAACAAGUGGAGGAAUUACGCCAGGGAUACGGAUACUCCGGAGACCAGCUCCUGUUAGGGUUGCCGGAGCUACUGCGAGGAGACACACUCCUCUGGUACCGGAAUAGCCGAGCGGUGUGGGAUUCCUGGGACGAUUUUCAAAGAGACUUCCGCAAUCAGUUCUUGCCCCGGCGGUACCGCGCACAGUUGUCGCGAGAGAUCCAGGGACGGUUUCAAAAACCGGAAGAGCCCUUUCACAAGUACGCAACAGCGCUCCUUACGAGCAUGCGACGAGCCGGAGGAUAUUCAGCGGACGACCAACUCGAACGGCUGUAUGAUAAUAUGAGCCCCGGGUAUAAAUACUACAUCCGCCUGGAUGACAUUACCAGCCUGGGAGAUCUGCACGCACGCGCCGCGGAAUAUGAAGCUAUUGAAGAGCAAAACCGCGAACGGAAAGCCGAGCGAAAAGCUCCGGCCGCGACCCCGGCCGUCGCCAGUACCACAUACAACCGGGAGGAAUGCUGCUGGCGAUGUAAACAACGCGGACACACUCGGCUAGACUGUAAACGGCCGGCCAAGAAGUUCUGCUCACGAUGCGGCAAGGACGGUGUCCUCACCCGCGACUGUCACCCGACACCGGGAAACGCCGCACGGGCCGGGGGCGAAGCCGCCGCCUCCCGGACCCCGCCGCCGUCCGAGUAA